ACACGGUGGUGUGGGUGGCUGCUGCCGGCUCUGUGUGUGUGUGGUGUGGUGGUGUGACCGUGGUUCAAUCAAACUGUUUAUAUUUCUCAGCCCGGUUACCAAUGGAGCCGUGACGCGGAUUUUCUUCUGACGCCUUGGAUGCCGACUCUCGCUCUCCCCACAACACGGAUGACUCUAUUUAACACAAGUCUAUCGGUGCUUACUUGGGGGAACUGAUCUUGCAUGAACGCGCUUGGAUAUCAAGCAGAGAGAUACACACACGCACACGCAAAGCGGUGGAUUUUGUCAUAAAGUGUCACCGAAGGAUACAAAGGUCCGGCUGUAUCCAGGCUCAACCCCAUCGCAAUACAGAAGGAUAUAAGGAGUACAAACCCACAAAACAUUGCUAUCGAACACCGAGAUGGCCCGAACCAAGCUCAAAAUUGAGGAGAAGCGACUGGACUUCGUUUUUGAGAUCCUGAACGUGCAGUUCAACGAGAAGGGCCGCUACCAACUGCGCCUGAUGGUUGAGAACCCUUUGCUGGAGAGCGCGGGCAAGGGUGUGAUGAUGCGUGAGGCGAGCUCCAGGGAAGUGUUGCGCACCAACGCUGUCUCCACCGAUGUCCUGGAACAGGCCAACCUCACCGCCACCUACAGCUUCAAGAAGAGCAAGUUUGUCUUCACCCUGCCUGCAGGCUUCUGCAAGAACGACAAGAACCACGACGUGCGCCUGCGGGCGGUGGCGACGCGCGUGGAGGGCCAAGAGCGGCAGCGCGCGGGCGAGGGCUUCUUCGCCAUCUACCCGCGCACCGACACGCCGCGCAUCAACCUGUACGCGCGCCGCGGCCAGGACCUGUACCGCUACCGCGGCGUGCUCGCGCUGCUGCGUGUGCGGCGCGACGAGCUGGCCAUGCACUGCGGCCGCCUCGCCUACGAGGUGGCCCUGCACGAGCACAAGCCGCUGCCGCCACAGCCACCGCCGCCGCUACUACCGCUACCUCUGCCAGAGCCGGCGCAGAAGCACGAGGUCGAGUCUGACCCCGAGCGUGACCCUGAUCGCGACUUGGAUUCUCAUGGGAAAUCGAGAGAGGGGCCCGCGGUCGGGGUAGACGCGGCGUCAGCCUCGUGGGAUUCGGCAGCGCGUCAAGAUUCACCUGCCGGAGAGCCUGGCCAGGAGCCGUUCGGAAACGCUUCCCCGUCACCUCCGGAGUCGGAAGAGGAGCAGGUCCCUCCGUCUCCACCCUCAUCCCCAGAGCCACUCGGCCCCUCUCCGUGGCCUCGUGCCAGCGGGCCGCUGCGCAUCGUUUCUCCUGACAGCGGUGCCGAGACCUCGCCCCUGCAACACGUAAUGGAGGGAGCAGCGAGGCCCUCGGAGCCGCCCGUCAAUGCCGCCACGAAUUCCUGGCACGUGUCACGCCCGGGCAAGGAGACGGUGACGCUAAUUCUCCACGGCGUGAGCAGCCUGCCCCCGCCGAGCGACGGAGGAGUCCCGCGACCAUUCGCCGCCGUAAAGAGCGGCACAGACGAGCAGCAGAGCAGGGCAGCCCAGGGCGUGACGCACGCCAGCAGCCAGGCCACACACUCGCCUUCGUGGGAGGAGACCGUCAGUGUGGAGAUAGACGAGAACAAGGCAGAUGAUGAAGUGGUGGUGGUGAACGUGGCAGAUGAAAACACCAAGGAGCUUCUAGUCAGCUAUAGGUUGCCCGUCUGGUAUUUGCAACCGUUCCACCACUACCACCUGGAACUGGUCAAGCCUGACAAGCGGAUCGCGGUUGGGAUCCGGCUGUUUGCCAGCGUGGUGAGGAAGGGCAAGGCCAUUCCCAGGCAGCACGGCUUCGCCUUCACCAGCUUGGAGGUGCUGCUACGGGCCGUAGAGAAGCCCCUGAAGGACCCGACAGGGCCCAUCCUAGCCGCCGCUCGCAUUGUGCCCGACUUCGUCAGCUACAGGAACUCCCUGCUUCAAAGGACUCCGAGGGCCUUCGGGAUCAACAUAACAACAAUCAAUUUCCCCAUGCAGCAUUUGGCAGCAUUCCACACGGUGACCAGCCAGGGCCACCCGCAGGUCUCAGCUGGAGGAUUUCCUAAGGAGCAGCCCCAAUGGGACCAUACCUUCUUGUUCCACAGCAGAGAUUGCGCCACCGCUUUUACAGCUGAUGCCGCGCUCAUCUUAGAGUUUUACCAGCUUAGCACAGUGAUGAACGCCGCAAGCUGGCACUCCGGCAGCCCCGUUGGCAUCUCGGUGGUGCCGCUAGGAGAUGACAUGUACCACCGGCUCAUGGAGGAGGGCUGCAAGCGGGGCAUCCGCCUCGACCACGUGCCCGUUCACAGUAAAGUCUUGAAGACUCAGGAUGACGGCAUUCCGUCUGUUGGUUUGAUUCUACGUCUCAUUGAGUCUGAGAGGCCAGACUCACUGUUGACGACGGUGGACCCCGGCAGCUUGCCGGUUCUCAACAAUGCCAGGGCGGUGUCGCCCCUCUUCCUCCCGUUUGGCCCUGACGACAACGGCGGAGAAGAGGGGAUGGAGGAGAGCACGCGGUCAUCUCCUAGGAGACCGCGUGGUCCUCAGCAGGAAGCUCGCCACGCGCAGAAGCGUCAGUGGCAAGUAACAUCGGAACCGGGCUUCGGUUUCCCUUCCCCAGCCCACAUCGACCAGCGUGGUGAAGUAUGGUCAAAGAACGCCAUGACUUACACAGCACCGCAGUCGUCAUCCAGCAGUGGAUUGACAAGAGGGCUGCAACUAAAUCAGUGGGUGUGCGGUGGGGGGGAGGGACACAGCCCUCUGCAGCCCUCCCCAGCUAUAAAGCUGCAAUAUAAUUUGGUCCGUUGUUUCAUUCACAGGAGCCUGACGCCGCCAUUGCCUCCUUACGAUGCGCUGGCGCGAGUGCUGCCCGAUUUCGAGCAGCUCUUCCGUGUGGCUGCCCCUACCCAGCAGCCCUCGGAGAGGCAGCCAGACUCGCAGACCCAGCAACAACCGCCCACUCGACAGAACGCGGCCACACACCAAUUGCAGUCCAGCAAAAACUCCACAUCCUCGGACAAAUCAAAGGCUCACCACGACCAAAAUGACGGCCAGCCACCAGAUAACCUUGAUGGAGAUAUCACCACUAUUCACAAUUACCAGAUUAAGGAGGUGGAGACGUACCGUGUGGGCAUGCGGCGCAUGGCGGAGGACAUCCUGUCCCAAAACGAGGUGAUGCGUCUGGAGAUUGAGAAGAGUGAGCUGCGACGGCAGAUGAGCCUGCACAGGGAUGCAGGACGCUUGCUCCUCAGCGAUGGCCAGUUUGACGUCAUGACAAAGGAAGAGCUCAUUGGCCGGCUAGUGGAAUUAAAACAGAAGCUGGCGAGCGAGACUGUCACUCUACGGAGCUACAAGGAAAAAGUUCAAAAACUGCAGAAUGAAUUGAUUUGGAAAGCCGAUCGGGAGAAGGAGCUGGUUCGGUUGCAGCAGGCUCACCGGCAGCAGCAGGCGGUGCUGCUGCGCUACCAGGAGAGGGCGGCACGGCCGGCACGGCUGGAGGACACGGUGCGGCAACAGGAAAAGGUGAUAGAAAAAAUGGAAAAAUUGCUGGAAAGAAGCGUCGCAUCAAAUGCAAAUGGAAAAACUGAAAACAAAUCACAUAAAGGUAAUGAGAGUGAGCGCACCGCCAGGGACAUGCAGCUGGUGCUUUUGGUGGAAAAUGCUCGCCUGCGGCAUGAACUUGAGAUGAUUCGGACAGCUGAUGUCAUCCCCACCAUUCACAUGGUGGAGCCCUUUCAUGACCAGGAGAAAUUGGGUCUUCUUGCUCGACUGGAGAGAGCAGAAGGUCGCACACACUCUCUGGAGGAACAGAUUCAGGAAAAUGCGAGAAGAUGGGGCCAAGAGAAGCAGGACCUGUUGGACCGACUGACGGAACGGCAGCAUGGUUUCACCAGAACGUCUACGCUCAUCUUUGAUGACGCGUCACCAAGUGACAUCAUGGAGUCUCCAAGGAGGCAUGGACAGUUGGAUCCAUUGUAAUGGUCAAUUAAUGUUUUCAGAACAUCGAGGUAGCUUAUAUAUAUUUUUUUCAUUUUAUUUACAGUGGAGAAAUGCAUUUGAAGGAAAAAUGCGUACUAAAUCAAUUAUGGAGUUUACAUCAAUACAAUUUUUUUUAUUAGCAUUGGAAAUAUUUCAAUUGUUUAAAUGUCCUCUUAUUGCACAUUGCACACAUUCUAUUUAUCAAUAUAGUUUGUUUAUUUUUUAUUCUGAAAAAUUAAAAUGUGGUUAUUAGAAAUGUAUUACUAUUACUGUACUAAUUUAGUCUGCGAUGUACACAGUGAUUCAUUUAUAGAUACCCCUACUGGUUUCUAACAACCCUCUCGCUUGCCUAUUAACUCAGCAGGUGACUGAAUAUUGUCAAAGUGAUGGCUUCAUAUUUUACACGGGCGAGAGUUAAAAUAAUUAGAAGUGGAGUGAGAUUGGUGGGAAACAUGUGGAGGCUUUGAAAUCAUAUUGAGCUUUCUCUGUUAUUUAUCCCUACAUUAGUAUUGCUUUAUUGCCUUUUCUGUAUGCUGGGUCACCCUGCAUAUCUCAUUAUAACUGCAACCUUGAAAUUGUAUGAUGAUGAGUUUAAGCCCUGACCAGGGUCACCUUAGCCCCAUCGCCCUUCUUUGGAUUAGUGAUGAGCAAAAAAGAAUCAACGUUUAUUCAGGUCGCUCCUCUGCUGUUCUAUUGAAAUAUUUGUGCCCACUAUAAGAACGUGUCAUUUCCACCAUCAAAUCAAGACCACCAGAGGAGAUGGCCACCGUCCAACACUUGUUCACGUUGGGAAUUUUGAAAGUUCUUAAUUUGAUAUUCCAACUCAAUAAUGAUAUGAAAUGUAUGUAUAAUGCUAUAUUUUAUAUAUCCAUGAUUAUGUAUUUAAUAUUAUUUGGAACAAAACAAAUAUAUGUACUGUAUUUACUAUCAAAUGCUCUGUGUAAAAAUACUGCAUUUGGCUGACAAGAGUUAGCCAUGCGUGGGUAGAUUUGUUGAUUAAAAAGUUUACAACUGCUUUUAGAAUAACGUCAUCGUGUAUUAUAAUUGUCUUAUUAUAAUUGCAACAUUACAACUACAUCGAACAACGCGCCAGUUGUACUACAUUGACACUGAUGAUAAUGUGUUGGCUUCUCAGUGAAAUUGCAGUGCAGUCAAUGUAACUGAGGAGUUGUAAUUAGUUGCAUUUUUACUGUGGUCUUCUGAAUUGCAAAAUGUUUUAAUAAUCUAACAUUUAGGAAUGUUGCUAUAACUCCAACUUGAAUGCAUCCGAUUAAUGACGCGUCGAUCAUUUUGAUAGGCUUCACAGUCUUGAGUUAAAAUGUUAGAAUCUUCACUUCGACAUUCAAUACACAGGUGCGAUGAGAUGGUUAAUAUGAAAGUGAUCAACAUAUUUUUUACAUAUCCCAUAUAAAAUGUAGUCCUGUCUAGUAUUGUAUAACAUGGCUCAUAACAUGACUCCUAAAGUUAUAGAAUUUUCACUCCGAGAUCCUUACUCAUUUGUCAAGAUCCACUGGGGGGAAUUUUAGAGCAAUGGUUUGCUGGCAAUCGUCACCGUAAAUAAUUGGUGCAGCUUGUGGCAAAGAUUUAGGGUUCGAAUCUGGCAGGCUGCCCUGUUAAUACUGCGGGUGUAUUGACCAUAACAUGCCAUCUGCUAAAUAUUGGAUGUUAUAGAUCCCUUAAUGUCAUUCUAAAAGAGUAGGACUUUGUGUGCAGACGUCGUGGUCCAACUUAGACAAAUUAUAACACUUUCCUUCAAAAUGCUCAAUUGGGAUUGCACAUAGCAACAUCGCCCCUAUUUCAAAACUACUGCAGACAAUUUUUCGCACCUCCGAUUAGCACGGUUGGCUACGUAUGGUGCAAACGAAGUUCAAAGUACAUACAUACAUGAAACAGCACUUUCGGAUAGCCUUGCGCUACAAGAAUGACGUGAAUGCCAAACCUACUCAUGAUUUAUUUAAAUGAUUGGCACCAGCAUUUUUACAUUGUAAAAAAAUAGAAUUUCCCCAAAUAUGAACAAGUCCCAAGUGGGCCAUUCGGACAGCAGCUUCCAAUCAGAUCACAUAGAAAGAUCAUGAUUGAUGUCAAUCUGCGUACGUAAAAAUGAUGGCAUCAGGUCACUGCAUGAGUAGGCCAUGAUGGUUAUUAUUUUUAUUAUUAUAUUUUACCCAUGAUAAUCUCACUGUGUCUCAGCAGUGAUUUUCAAAAUGGUCUUGUCAAGUUUUUGCAGUUGGGGCUGGUGAUUGCGAUGUAUAUUCCAAUUGAGUAAUUCGCAGGUAAUUUUUCAAAUUUGGAAAAUGCGGACCAUGAUGCCUGCACACAAUGGCUUACUCUUGUGAAUGACUGAACGGGAUCUUUCGUGUCUAUUGCGCAGUAGAUGUAUGGUUUGGUGGUGUGAUGUGAUGGUAUAGUGAGAUGGUCUGAUGAUGUGGUGUGGUGAGAGGGUAUGAUGAUGUGAUGGUAUAGUGAGAUGGUCUGAUGAUGUGGUGUUGUGAGAGGGUAUGAUGAUGUGAUGGUAUAGUGAGAUGGUCUGAUGAUGUGGUGUUGUGAGAGGGCAUGAUGAUGUGAUGGUAUAGUGAGAUGGUCUGAUGAUGUGGUGUUGUGAGAGGGUAUGAUGAUGUGAUGGUAUAGUGAGAUGGUCUGAUGAUGUGGUGUUGUGAGAGGGUAUGAUGAUGUGAUGGCCCUUAAUAUUCAUGUCAUUUAUAACGCGCAUAAUAUUUCACAGACCUAUAUCACCAUGACUGAGGCUGUGACUUAAGUUUCGCUUCAGAGCACAUGUCGAGUAAAUGCCGUGAAUGUGCAGUGGGAUGGCGUUCUGGAUGGAGGAGACUGCCACGGGAGAAAGGACGCCUGGCAUUGGCGAUCCUGGUUCUUGGAGUAGGGAGCGGGUUCAGAGUUGAAAUGCAGAGAUAUCUCCCAUGAGCUGUAGUACAGGGUCAAGGGAGUGAAUGAAGAUACUGUGGACAACGGGCAGUAUAGGCACGGUGGCAAGAGGCAGGGGAUCUCGUGGACGACCCUGCUUGUAAUGGGAAUCCCGUGGAGGGAGCAGAGGGAGGUGAGGCAAUCUAUGUAUAUAUGUUGAACUUCUUUCGCACCAUACAUUGCCCAUUGCUCUAAUCGGAGGUGCGGGGGAAGGACAACAAACUAAACACAAAAAGCUAUUCUAAAGAAAUGAGUUUUCAAAAUAGAUUUCAAAGUGCAUAGCUGCAGUGGCUUCCGAAUAAAAGUUCCAGACGGCCGCAGAAGUGCUCUGAAAGCGCACGCUAUGGAGUGACCGUCUUUUUUUUCGACUUAAAGCUUUCGUGACUGCAGGGAUUCAUAUUCUUGGUUCUUUCGGUAAAGUCACGUA